AUGGGAUUAUACGAUGAGUCCGGCCAAGUGUAUACGGAGAUGGUGGCGGCGGAAGUGCGCUCCAUGGUACCAGCCUGGUCACGACACACGCGCGGCGACCAAGUCAAUCCCUCAAGGUACAAAGAGCGUUGGAACGGAGCAGCCAGCUUACGAGACAUGGCCAUGCGCUCGUGCAUGUGGCGUAUCCACGACAUGGAUCCCACGGCCUUGCAGUGGCUCGGCUGGCAUUACGCCCGUCAAAUCUACAUCCGGCUUCAGAAGACUGCCUGGAGAGUCUUCCACCGUGCUUUUCCGGAACUCAUUGAUCGCCACCACGCGUUUCGAUACUACGAGAAGGACAGCCCGGUUCAAUUGCCGUCCAUUGUCGACCGCUUUUCAAGAUUAGAUGGCUGUGUAUUGUCCUUUUUGUGCCUGCAGAAUCUUGACCUCAAUGUCGACCAUCUCUUCAGCCUACUCAAGAUAUCUAGUCUGGCGGCACUGGUCAUUGAUCCCUGUCUCAGGGGUAGCAGCGAAUCCAUAGCCUCCAAGAACAUCAGCAACUGGGGACGCGCUGUGCGUGAAACGGGUGCUUUUCAAAAACUCAGGGUUCUGGUCCUGGUGAGUAUGCCAUCGAACAGUACGGUUACCAUGGACGGCACACUGAGCUUUCCCUCGCUCGUUCUGCUUGGGACCCAGGCCCAGGGACCCAGGGCAGGAAAGAAGGUAUCCAAAAGUCCAGACAGUCCAUGGCUUGCGAUAACAGAUGACACCUCCUGGCACCCCAACCCCAACCCCACCUCCCUCCCCACCCAAACCCCCACCCAAAUCUGGACCGACCCAAAAACAACACGCGAAUCCCAAAUGCAAACCCUCUACAACCUAAGCACCCAACUCGCCACACCCCCAUCUCCCGCCCCUCCCGCCACACAUGCUCGCAUAUCCAUGUCCUACGGCCACACGGCCCAUCCAGCCCAAAUCUCCUGGUUCCGUCGCACCCGCCACCAGCAAAGUCCAGGCCUGACGCAUAAACGCAGUAGCGAUGUGUUGGCGCUGCAGCACAAGACGGGCGAGCCGGAUAAGAAGAGGAGGAUUCGUGUGGCGAGGAAGGUGGAUGUGGGAUCUUUUUUGGGGGAGUUGAUGUGA